CGUGCACAAGCGCUUUAAACUCCGCUCAAAUCAGAUCUUAGAUCGUGUCAAACAGCAUGGACGCGUGAUAAUUGCGUCGCCAAUGUCUGAAUUCGUUCUAUCAUUGUAUCAAUGUCAUAGUGCGCCGUUCCCGUUUUCGGUUUACCUGCUGGAUCAUCUCCUUGUACUAGCAAGUUCCUUACAAUGCCCGCCUCGAAGAACGCGAACCUUACGCUCAAGCCCGGCAAGAAGUCUGCGGAGCCCAACUAUGUGCUUGUCAUCCACGGCGGUGCUGGUACCAUGAUACGGGAGGGCUCAACACCUGAACAACGUGCUACCGGAGGAGAGGCUAUGGAUGCUGCGGUCGAGGCUGUAUCAGUCAUGGAAGACUGCCCAUUGUUUAACUCUGGGCAUGGCGCAGUUUUUAAUGUUGCAGGCAAGAAUGAGCUCGAGACUUCUUUGAUGGUCUCCAAGCCUCCUGCAUCACACCCUGCAAUGCCCUCCUCUCGGCGCGGAUCCUCGCUUGCCCCUCAUCCAAUGUUGUCGGGUGCAGCAGCAGAAGCUACAGGUGCUUCACUUGGCGUACGUCAGGCCGAUCCAUCCUACUUCUGGACUGAGGCACGAUGGAGAGAACACCGACGUGGUCUUGGAUUACCCGAAGAUCCCGUUGAAUACCCCAGACCUGAAAUACCCGAUGACACAAAUUCAGAGACUACGGAUGUCGCCAGCCUUUCUGACGACAAAGACAAAGAGACCUGGGAGCCUCUUGAUUUGAUGCCAACGGGUACUGUUGGUGCGGUCGCACUUGAUAUCCGGGGCUGCAUUGCGGCAGUAACCUCCACUGGAGGACGUACGAACAAGCUUGUCGGUCGAGUUGGAGAUACCCCCGUAAUGGGAUGUGGUUUUUGGGCUGAAGAAUGGGAGAGGGAUGGUGGGCUUGUGAAGCGUACCUGGGAUCGCCUAAGAGGCAAAUCAAAAUAUCAGGGUGUAGGCGUUUCUGGUACUGGUGACGGAGACUAUUACAUUCGCCGUGCUGCAGCUUCCAACAUUGCUCGGCGGAUGCAAUACCUUGGCGAGUCCCUGGGCGAGGCAUCCCAGAAUGUCAUUGAUGACCUGUUCAAGGAAGGAGGAAUAGGUGGUGUCAUUGCACUGGACAGAGACGGAAACGUGGCUCUUCCACUGAACUGCAGUGGCAUGUAUCGCGGCGUUAUUCGUCCUGAUGGUGUACCGCUCACAGCGAUUUUCUUUGACGAACAACUUACUGAACUCUAAGCUGGGCAAACAACCUGUACCUGAGCGUACAUUCAUCGCUGGUUUGAUGAGACUUGGCAACGUACAUCUCUGUACAGACGCGUUCAUGUGGGACUGGUUGAUAAUUAGGACACUGGGAAGGUAGACACUAGUGAAUUUAGAAUUCGCGAAUCGUCCAAUCUCGUCGUACAAUCUGGAAGAACAAGAUCUUGUGGAACUCGAGAACAGUCGUUGAGAUAACCCAUGUGAUUGUGUAUACUUUAUCCUCG